UACACUCGUCGCUCAGGCCCUGCAGCCCAUGAGCUAGUCGCCUCGUCCAUGAGUCUGUCCGCCUCCAGGCUCCAGCCUCCGCGUUGGCCGCCUGCAGUCCCUUCUAACCUCCUCCUCGAUACCCCAAUCCCCUUCUAACCUCGUUCUGUCCCGGCCGGCCGGCCGGCCGUUGGUGUGGUGGAUGCACGCGGCACGCCCACGGCUGACCCCUCCUGCUCCUUCGAGCUUGGAUCCGCGCUGCCCGCACGCGGCUCGCCCAUGCCGGUAGCGCACGCCGCGCGCGCCCGACGUCGUCGUCCACUCGUCCUGGACCCUUGGUUUUGAUCAGGAUGUCUAGUGCGCCAUGUCCUAUUUUUCUGAUUAGUGCAAGCGCCCAUGUUGACUGACUGAAAUUUUCAUGCCGUAUGUGACACGUAUUCAACUGGGUAAUCCGCCAAAGAAUUUCAGCGUGCUAAUUGAUACCGCGAGUAUAAUGUCAUGGGUUUCUUGCCGGACACCAGGUGGAUCUAGUGUUAGUUCCUUACCAGGAAUAUUUGACCCUAGAUCAUCAUCUACAUCAUCUCUGAUAUCAUGUUCAGACAAGACAUGUCAAGCCAUGAUCCCCGACCUUGCAGUGUGCAGCAAAUCGAGUGAUUCCUGCGAGUGGCAUGUACUCUAUGGUUCUGGAGUUGCUGUGUAUUCUAACACAACGGGAUACUAUAUAUCUGACGUGGCGCAUUUAGAGAUUCUCAAUGCAGUUGGACACACAUCGUCUGCUCCCGCCACUAUUAUUUUUGGCUGUAGCACUUUACGGUCAGGUGAACUGGCAGAGGCAAAAUUUGAUGGCAUUUUAACCUUUGCGCCGCAUCAAAUGUCCUUCAGUUCACAGCUGCAUUCUCAGGGGUUAAUCCCUGGCGUCUUCUCUCUAUGCUUGAAGAGUGCAUAUUGGGGCGGUAUCCUUGUAUUUGGAGAAAUUUUGGAGGAGGGAAUUGUUUACACUUCACUGUUACCUUCACCGAAUUUUUUCCAACUGUAUCUGGAGAGUAUCGCUGUGAAUAGUCAAGAGCUUCCAAUUGAACCGUCAUUUUUUAGACCAUCACGUAAACAUGUAACCAUUGCAGAUUCAGGAAUUUCAUUGACGUACCUGGCAGAUGGUGCCUAUGACCCAUUCAUCAAUGCGAUAACUGCAGCAGUGUCUCCACAUGUACGCCUGGUCAAGAAUUCAGAUCGGUGCUUCGUUACAUCUAUCAAUAUUGAUUUAUCAUUUCCAACACUGACACUGCACUUUGCGGGCGGUGCUGUAAUGAAGCUUAAGCCAAACAAUUAUUUACGUUCUGAGGAUGAAGUAAUUUACUGUAUUGCGUGGAAAAGGAACUAUGGCGAACAAAUAACGGUACUUGGAGAUAUUGUACUGAAGGAUAAAAUUAUUGUUCAUGAUUUGGAGAACAUGCUCUUCGGUUGGAUGGAUUUUGAUUGUUCUCGGCCCGUUAAUGUUACUAGCUCGAUUAGGAAGAAACGUGUGAGCUCUGGGAAUGUGUCAUCACAUAAAAUCUGGUCACUUACUGGGGUUGCUAUCAUCAUUGUACAUAUCUUGUGCCAUUUCGACCGCUAGUUGGUGGGCCACCAUGCAAGGACUUCAGAGGAGCAACAUCGCUUCUCGAGCAUCAGGAAUCAUCUUCUGAAAAAAAAUUAACUACUGCAGUUGACCUUCGUGACUUGCUUUAUCAGGAUCAGAGGAGCAGCAUCAGAAGUCAUGCUCUUAUAUAAUUUAACUUAAUUGCUGUUGAAUCCUUGUAUGGUUCUGAGUCUAAAGAGACUAUUGCCUUAUACACAUAACCAUGAUUGCCAUGCACCAUCGUCGUCUACAAGUGGUAUUGUAUUGCUGUUGAUGUAUCAUUAAAUCGGGAGUGCUCUUUGUUCUGGACGCUUGUGCUGAAUGCUCACUUAUCCAUGUUUUCAUU